GUGGAUCGGACGGUGUAUUUUAGCGAUAAGUCCGCGGUCACACUGCCUGGUGCGCGACUGUGUGUGUGUGUGUGGUCGAGGUAGAGAGAAAAGUGGAAAAGCAGAGAAGCAGAGAAGCAAGGAAUAGAGAAUAGGCAGCGCGGAGAUCGAGGAAGAAAAAGCCCAGUUUGAAUCGGUGCGAAAACAGUUGCACGAAGUGGCAAGCCCCAAACCGAAAGUACGAAGAAACAAUUUUCAGCAUUGCCGUAGACGUGCGUGUGACUGGCAGCAACAGUAAAUUCAAACGCAACCUCGUCGGCCCUCACAUAACAGCCCCACACACUGCCUUUAGCCGCGUCGCUUCGCAUUGCGCAUUACGCUACGGCAGCGGUUACGUCGUGCGUGCUGUGCCUCUCAUCUUUCUGUUCGACGGUGCGUGUGUGUGUGCGUAAGGUGUGGUGUAUAUAGAAAAUCGAUUGCAAUUGAACCAACGCCGCAGUCGCCGUAGCAGCAGCCGCGUGUGCCGUUACGAUUUUUCCAUUACCAACAUUUCUGCGCCGUUCUGCGGUUUUUUUUUUGUUAAACCAAUCCACCGCCCGCCGUUUUCUGCAACAUAUCAAAUAAUUGUUUUAAAUAUUUUUUGCCUGUGCCACCCGCUUUUCGGUGAUUGCGUGUGGGUGUGUGUGUGUGUGCGUGCGUGUCGUGCGUUGAAAGGAGAUAGAGAAGAAGCAAGAGCGUUAUCGCUCCAUCUCUCUCUCCUAGUUCCGUUCCGGAUCGAAAAUGGAUAAGCCAACAACAAAAACCACAACGAACACGGCCCCGGCCGAUGCCCAGAAUGAGGCAACAGCAGCGGCAACACAGCCAAAUGCUGGGUGUGGCAGCACCACCACCACCACCAACAACAACAACAAAAGCAACAACAUUGGCACCACCACAACUAACGGCACCAGCAGCAACAACUGUAACGGGAAUAGGAGUCACAGCAACGGCGUCGCCUUGCAGCGUUUAUCAUCAUCGACUACAACAACAACAAGUGUAAAUGGCAACGCCACAAGCAACGGCAACGGAAGUGGAAGUGGCAGUGGCUCCUCCAACGCUGGCAUGCUGAUUAACCUCAAUAUCAGCACCACCACCGGCGGCAACUUUGCCGUCAGCGUGGAGCCGCACAUCAACGUGGAGAGCCUCAAGAAGAUCAUCGCCAAAAAGCUGAAGGUGGCAAAGGAUCGCAUAUGUCUGCUGCACCGUGAAAAAGAACUACAGGAUGGGACACUCAAAGAUCACAACUUAAUGGAUGGUUCCAAGAUCAUUUUAAUACCAAAUGUCGAAACUGGUUUACUGGCCCAGCGACCGGAGAACACGGUGAUGCAGGCCCUUGAAUCGCUCAACGACUCGCAGGUCAACGACUUCCUCAGCGGCAAGACUCCGCUCAAUCUGAGCAUGCGCCUGGGCGACCACAUGAUGCUCAUCCAGCUCCAGCUGAGCACCGUCAAUCCGAGUGCCGCCACUGUGGUGUCCGCCUCGGGCGGCGGGUCCGCCUUUGCGGGUGGCAGCUCCUCCUCCUCCAGCAGCUCCAGUUCCAACGCGACUUCUGCAGCCGCCGCCUCGACAGCCGGGGGCGGCUCCUCCUCCUCCUCCUCCUCCGCCGCCGCCGCCGCUACCGGAUCACCAGCCGUGCUGGUGGGGGGCGGUGGCACCUCCAACAGUAGUUCAUCGUCGCACACACGUGCUCGGCCGUCCGGCCAGCGCCUUGGCAAGAUCGGGCAUGGCCACGUGCACAGCCAUCAGCAUCCGAGCCUGCAUCACGGCUCCUGGCACGGCCACGCGCACGGGCAUGGUCACGGGCACGGGCAUGGGCAUGGACAUGGGCAUCACCAUCAUCACCACCACCACCAUCACCAUCACCACCAUCACAACGCCUCGGCGGUGGCCGCCGGCACCGGCGGGGGCAUGUCCUCGCUUCGCAAGAUGUACGUUGAGCUUCCCAGCUCCAGUCCCAGCACCAACACGAGCUCCAGCUCCAGCUCCAGCUCCAGCACGGGAGGGGGGGCAUCGAGUGCUUCCAGGGGCAAGCAGGAGGGCCAGGGACAUUGCCAGGGCCAUGGUCAGGGCCAUGGUCAGGGCCAGGGCCAGGGCCAGGGCCUCAUCAAUGCACCCGAUCUGACCAAACUGCUGAUCAAGGGCGGCAUCCAAAACAUUGUCAAGAGCUUUGCCCUCAAGGAGACCACGCGCGCGUCAGUCAACGGAUCGGCUGGGUCCUCCGGAUCGUCCGCUGGUCCCGCCACCGGGAAGAGCCUGCUGGAGCAGUCGCCCAUCAAAUCGCUCUCGAAUCUCGUCUCGAGCCCCAUCAAGAUGACGGCCAUCAAGAACAUUCCCUCGGGUUCGGGCUCGGGCUCGGGCUCGAGCUGCAGCUGCAGCUCCAGCUCCAACGCAAACCCGGCCACGGCACCUGCUUCCACCUCCAGUUCCGCCUCCGCUUCGUCAGGAGCAUCGGGUGGCGGGGUCUGCAGCAGCAACGGCUGCCAACAGGAUCCGAUAGCCGCCAAGCUGACGUCGUGCCUCUGCACGCGCCUGGCCACACCGCCAGCUGGACAGACGACGGACUCCACUGCCUCCACUGCUGCACCUGCAUCUGCCUCUGCCUCUGCCACCGCCCCAAUGGCACCCAGGUCUAACAAAUGCCCCGACAGCUGCAUUGGCUUCGCUGCGUCCCGCUCCUCGGCCACGACCAGCGGCAGCCUCGGGGUCACCUUCUCCGGUAACUCGAUGAUGCACAAGACGGGCAACAACCGGAUCGCGCGCUCCAAGCACCGCCACUUCCACAGCCACAGCAGCCAGAAUCAGUUCUACCAGCAGCCGUGCGUGAAUGCCGCCGCCUUCUCCGCCUCGGGAUCGGGAUCGGGGUCGCGCCGCAAGCAGGAGCAGGCUGGAGCAGCAGGACCCACUGCAGCUCCAGCGGCAACAACAACGUCCCAGGCCGCCGUCUCGGGCUCCGUCUCCUCAGAGCCGGAUGAGGCAUCGCUGGGUGUGUCCGACACCCGGACACUUGCCGAGGCAUCGCGCAAUCUCACCCAGACGCUGCGCAAGCUCUCUAAGGAGGUGUUCACCAACAAGAUCGAUCUGUCCGGGGCCAGUGUGAGCAGUUCCAGCAGCGGCGGCGGCGGCGGCUCCUCCUCCUCGGGGUCCGGCGGCAGUGGUGGCAGCCACGUGGCCGGCGGCUCUUCGGGGGUUGCAGGCGAUGAGACGCCCAGAAAGGGCGGAUCUGGGGCCGUCAUUGAGUCCAUGAAGAACCAUGGGAAAGGCAUCUACUCUGGCACCUUUUCGGGCACCCUAAAUCCCGCCCUGCAGGACCGCUACGGUCGCCCCAAGCGCGACAUCUCGACGGUGAUUCACAUUCUCAACGAUCUGCUGAGUGCCACGCCCCAGUACAGUCGCGCGGCGCGCAUCAGCUUCGAGACACCCAGUGGCACGGGUGGUGGCUCCGCCUCCAGUGGGUCCGGGUCCGGGUCCGGCUCCGGAUCCUCGUCUGCAUCCACCUCCUCCUCUGCUGCAGCAGCAGGAGCUGCAGUCAGUGGACUGCAUCAUGGAUCCCGCGGUAAAAUUUACUCAUCGAAGCACCACAACUGCGUGAAGUGCAGUCGCGCCCACCAAUACACAGCCGUGUCGACAGCCCUGACUGGCGGCUACUCCGCAUCGAAGGCAUCCGCCGCCGCAGCAGCAGCCGCCGCCGCAGCACUAUCGUCCGCCUCCACAUCGUCCAAGUCCGCGCACAGCUGCUGCCUGCUGGAGGGCAGCAAUGCCAGCGGCAGUUCAACAGCAACAUCGGCCUCCAUCCACAGCAAUGGGAAUGGGAACGGGACCGGGAAUGGCUGCAGCUGUCGCUAUCGCCUUGUGGCCGGCGGGGAGGAUCGCGAACGCGAGAAGGAGCACACGUGCCAGAAGUGCACCCAGGAGCUGGACAAUCUCAAGACCAAGUCGAAAAUGGACCAGCUGCGCCUGGUCAUGCAGCAGCACAAGCAGAAACGGGAGGCGCGCAAACUAAAGAGCGGACCCUAUGCGGUCAAUGUCAGCCAUGCGGCUGCGGGGGCCAGUGCGGGCGCUGAGGCUGCCUCUGUGGGCGCGGGCGCCCAGUACAGUGCAGUGAGUGCCCUGGUGGCCACUGCAGCCCAGGGAACAGCCGGAGGAGGAGCCGCAGCGGUAGGUGGAGCGGCAGCAGCAGCAGCAGCAGCAGCAAAUACCACAACAACAACCACCGCCACAGCCACAGCAGCAUCGGGGGCCAGCAGCGAGGUGCCGCCCAAUCACAUUGUGGAGGAGGUGGACACGGCAGCCUAAGCAACCUCUCAACGAGCCCCUCAACCCCUCAACCCCUCAACCUUGUCCCAUUUGUUUAGCAUUUACUAGUUUAUGCUUGAAGUUUGUUCCACAAGCAACAGAACACAAUCCACAGCAACACGAAGAAAGAAAGAGAAACCGAAAUAGUUGGAAGAAAGAAAAAGAGUUACAAGAUAGAAGCUUAAGCUUGUCAUCAUCUAAAUAUAUAUAUUGUGUAUAACCAGGCGAUCCCUAUAUUUGUGGAUGCUAUGACAUGAACUCCACCAUCCACCAUCCACCAUCCACUCGUUGCUCUGCCACCCAGCGACGGCGGAGAGGAGAGAUUGAAAGGGGAGUGGAGCUGUUAAAUUAAUUGUAAGAAUUAUAAUUGAGAACACACAAAAACCAGAAACAGAAACAGAAACACAACCACAAGAUGAGAAUAAUAUAAUGUUGUAGAAGUCACUCGGCCCCAGGGCGCUCCAGGGAGAAUCCAGGAGUGCAUUAAAUCAUAUUUGUAAAUGGAA